AAAAAUGCCCUGCGGAACCAGAUGAUGAAUGUCGCACAUUUAAGGGAGGGAGAUAAAGGAGACACUGGGGCACUUGGUCUUCCAGGAGCUAGAGGACUACCUGGUGAAAAGGGCCCACCAGGACCUUCUGGAGGUUCAUGCUGUAAAGGUGAUAUGUUUUCUGUAUCUUCUGCACAAGAUGUACAAGUUCUUGGACCCCCAGGACCUAAGGGUGAAAAGGGAGACCCAGGAGAGGGCUGUGAUUUGUGUAAUGGGGAAAGGAUGGUUCAAGCCAUUGGUCCUCCAGGACCUGUAGGACCUCCUGGUCCACCGGGUCCUCCAGGCUCUCCUGGGCCCGUAUCUGAAGCAAAACCCCCUAUGAUAUACCAACAGAGUGGCAGAUCUGAAGUGUAUGGAUCAGUAAUAUAUUCUGGCCCUCCUGGAAACCCUGGAAUGCCCGGCCCACCAGGUCCUCCUGGACCACCUGGGGUUGUUUAUCUAAAUAGAGUGUUCCCUGUCCCAGCACGACCACACUGCAAGCAGACGGUUCCCAAUGGAAAAACUGAGGACCCAGACUCUGGGCCAGUUGAACGUCGUUUUGAUCAGAAGGUGCAGAGUUGGGUCUUUGCAAACAAAGAGGAGAUGACUGAGGCUUGGGAGGAAGUAGAAGAGGGCAGCCUGGUGUAUCUGAAGGAACCAAGUAGUGCUUUCUUCAGAACCAACGUGGGAUGGAGUAAAAUUAUGCUGGAAGAGUCUGACUCGGCUUUAAUAAAUGACGACCCCUCAUUGGCAGAGGAAGUAACGGAUGAAGACUCUGAUAUUCAUGAGGACACUGUAGCAGUGCUGCCAAGUAUCCCUCCAAGAAUUCCUUCACUUCGCCUAAUAGCACUAAACAUACCUCUGUCUGGAGACAUGACCGGGAUACGGGGAGCUGACUUACAGUGCUAUCGUCAGGCUCAAGAGAUGUCUCUUUUUGGGACAUUCAGAGCACUUCUUUCUUCAUCCAGUCAAUCACUGUCCUCUAUAGUAAAAAAGACUGAUAGAGGUCUCCCCAUUGUGAACUUGAAGGGUGAACUGCUAAUUAGGAACUGGAACUCUCUUUUUGAUAGUAAAUUGUCUCUCCAUAAAUCUGAUGUCCCAAUUUAUUCUUUCAAUGGAAGAAAUGUUCUCAGUGACACUCUGUGGCCACAUAAGGCUUUCUGGCAUGGCUGUGGCCAAAGGGGAUCUUCUGUACGUGGCAGGAACUGCAAGGAAUGGAGAAACCAAGUCAAUGCAGAAGGCCUUGCAUCACCAUUCACAAGGCAAUGGCUCCAAGAAAAUGAUUCCUUCAGUUGUACCAAAACACUGGCUGUCCUAUGCAUUGAAAUAGCUUUCCCAUAUUACUAUAUGUGGUGAUCACCGUUCCCCAGCAUCCUCCCUGCCGACUGCAUAUUUAUAUUCCUAUAUUUAUAUUGUAUAUGUAACUAGCAAACAUGUCACUACGUGGCUGUCCUGUACCACAACUCCUGGGCAUUACUUCUAAAACCGUUCUCCACCGCUGUGCCCGUGAUUUAAUGUAGAUUAAGGAGCAGCGCCAGUCCAGUAAUAAUAUAAUACAGCAUGUGUUCCGGACACAUUGCGUAAUGGACAUAGGGGCUGGCGGUGCCGUCUGAACUACACUGUGACCAUCUUUGUUAUUUAGUCAUACAAACCCAUAAAACAGCUGCGCCCCUUGACAGCUCGUUGUACAUGGCAGCACAGACUGCAAGACAGUCGUCAGUAAUUGCAUUUUCUGAGGUUCUAAAAUAUAUUUUCACUAGCAGAAGAGAACUGAAGCAGGGAAGCCCGCAGAUUACAGACUGGCAGGCAGUUUUACAGCAGUUUAUAGCCUGCAGCCUAAGGGCAGACAGAUGAGGCUAUAGAUGGGCACACAUAGGGGGCAUUUGGUCAAGUUUCCUGAAACCAAAAUCAAGAUUGGAUCAUAAAAGGACAGAAAGUAUAAAGGAUAAAAUAGGACUUCAACUCUUUUUUUAAUUAAAGGGGUUAUCCACUACUAUAAAAAUGCCCCCCAUAUGCGGGGCCCCUCACAGUGAAUAUACUUAUCUCGCUCCCUGCGCCGCUCCUGGUCCCCGCUGCUGCUUCUCCCUGUGCGCGGAUGAAAACAUCCAGUGUCGGGGGGAGCAGCCAAUGGCAGGCAGGGGACGAGCCUCCCUAGCAUUGCGGAGAAGCUGCAGCGGCAGUUCGGGGACCAGGGGCGGAGCAGGGUAAAUAUAUUCACUGUGAGGGAUCCGGGACAUUUUUAUAGUAUUGGAUAACCCCUUUAACUCCUGCAAGCAGGGUGCAAAAUUUUGCUCAAACACAGCAUGUGUCAAACUUUGUGACUUUAGGCAGAUAAUAGGACUAGUCUGCCCUACAAGAUAUGGGGCUACACGGCAAUUACACAUCUGUGCCCCUUAUACUCUUCCCCCGAUGCCCCCACUGCAUUUUUUGGUAUUGAAUUGUA